AUGGCAUCAUUCACUGGCCAAACAAUCGAGGAGCUCGAGGAAGAGCUCGAUUUGCAAAAAGCGAUUCUGCAAAGUCUCCACGAGACAUUCAGUUCGCGAUCCGAUGCUCUUGAACAAAAACAAGAAACAUUGGAGGUGAUUCGGGAUCUCGAAAGAAGCUUAGCUAGGCUCCGCGGCAGCAACACAGAUCGCUCCUUCUCUAUCGGGCAGAGUCUAGCACCAUCUCAGCUGGACGGCUCGACCUUCUCUACUCCAUCGGUUACAUUCAGCCCACCGCAAGCCGGCCGAGCCUCGUUCUCUUUACCCUCGCGACCUCGAGAUUCUCGACCAGACCUACCUUCAGGCAUGUUCUCCACCCGCAAACGCCCAUUUGCCGAUGACGAUGAAGACGACGAGAGCCACUUCUCGUUCAAACGUGCCACAGGGAGUAGGGCGAGUCCUGCUUUUGACCAGGCGGCUUCGUCUAUCUCGUUCAACCGCAGCAGCCCCGAUUAUCUAGCCAACACCGAGUAUGAUGAAGAUGAUAUUCUCGGCAUCUUUGGGGUUGAAGGCGAAGACAUGCGUACAAUCCAGGAGGAACACAGAAGAGCAGAAAAAUGGUUGGAAGAACGGAAGAAGCAAGAGCGCCGCGAUGCGGAGUUUGCUCGCAAUCUGAUGUCUCACGGCAUGCAGUCCUCAACAGCAUUCACUCCGCUAAACUCCUCGUCUGCCAGUCGUCCAGAAUCUUCUUUCCCUGGACGUGAACACCUUUCACCACAAACUGCACAACCCGGCUCCGCCAAUCCACUGUUUUCGAGCACAAUACCAGGGGGUUUAAUGGCCCCGCCUCUGAACGGGAAUAAUGCCUUCCGCGGUCCGCAAUUUGAAUCUUCAAGAUCACUUACAGAUAGCGAUGAUAGUGAUCUCGCAGAAAUUACUCCGCUAGACUUUCAAUCUCGCACCGUUUUCAACCCGAGAAACAUCAGCCACCUACCCCCAUAUCCAUCGAACCACGGAGACACUGGCUCAGGCGUAUCCAAUGUUUCCAGACCACUCCAUGGCCCUCACUCCAACCCUUAUGCCUCCCCUGGUGCCGUACCUGGACCGAGUGGUGCUGUCAACACAUCAAGUAUGUGGCCGCAGCUUGCAUCGUCCGCUGCGGCAGCCUACAGAGGAGCCAGAGAUUUCUUGAACGAGAGGGCUGGGGGUUCUAGUCUCUUGUCGUCUGCCAUGUCGUCGCUGGGUGAUGUUAUCACUAACGGGUUUGUUGACGAUGAAUAUCGGUCGGACUAUUAUGGUCGCGAUAGUAUUCGGGACUUCUACGAAAACGGAGCCGACCCCAAGCAAGUUAACGAGGAGAUCAAACAGCUGCUGGAAACCAUCCGACCCGAUGCUGACAUUUCAGCCAAAGACCGUGAAGGUACUCCGGAGGCUCUAAGGUUCACGUUGUACGAUCACCAGAAGCUGGGACUGGCCUGGAUGAAGUCCAAGGAAGAAUGUGAUCAGAACGGGGGCAUCUUAGCCGACGACAUGGGUUUAGGCAAAACGAUUCAAGCAAUUGCCCUCAUGGUCUCUCGCCCGUCAAGUGACCCCGAACGAAAGACGACGUUGAUAAUUGCUCCCGUCGCAUUGAUGCAGCAGUGGAAGCGGGAAAUCGAGAAGAUUAUUCGGCCUAAACAUCGCCUCCAGGUAUACAUCCUGCACGGUGCUCAGAGCAAAACGAACUUCAGUGAGUUGAAGAAAUUUGAUGUUGUACUCACCACGUUUGGCACGCUCGCGUCGGAGCUAAAGCGUGUUAAUGAGUACGAAAAACUACUCAAGGAGGGUGCCGAAGAGUCAACGCUGAGCAGACAGUUCCUGAGAAAGCUACCCUGCCUUGGACCUAUUAGCAAAUGGUAUAGGGUCAUAAUCGACGAGGCCCAGUGCAUCAAGAAUCGAGGUACCCAGUCUGCGAUGGCAUGCUGUCGCCUGAACGCAACCUACCGCUGGUGUAUGAGCGGUACUCCUAUGAUGAACACCGUGGAGGAGUUGCAUUCUUUGUUGAAGUUCUUGCGCAAUCGUCCAUACGCUAGUCUAGAAAAGUUCAGACAGGAUUUCUCUCAGCCGCUGAAGAGUGGCUUUAAGGGGUCACAGGACAAAGCAAUGCAGCAAUUCCGUGUUCUUAUAAAGGCAGUACUCUUACGGCGAACGAAGGAUUCGAAAAUCGAUGGCAAGCCCAUUCUCAACCUACCUCGCAGAGUAUCCGAGAAAGUCCACGCCGCUUUUAGUGAAGAUGAACUUGAACUAUACAAAGCACUCGAAGCCAAGACUCAACUCCAGUUCAACAAAUAUCUUGCAGCCGGGUCAGUCGGGCGGAACUAUUCGAACAUUCUUGUUCUCCUUCUUCGUCUUCGACAAGCCUGCUGUCAUCCGCACUUAAUUACCGAUUUCAGCGUCAAACUCAACGAGACUACCCAAGAAGUGGAUUUAAUGGCUAAUGCCAGGGAGUUCAGUGACGAAGUUAUCGCUCGUCUCCGAGAUAAUCCGAAUCUCGAAUGCCCCGUCUGUAUUGAUGCGGUGGACAACCCAAUAAUUUUCUUCCCCUGCGGGCACGGGACUUGCAGUGAAUGUUUCUCCAGGAUCUCCGAUCCUUCUCUUGCUCUACAAAAUGGCGUCGAUGGACAAGCACAGGUAAAGUGUCCCAAUUGUCGUGGACUCGUCGAUCCCAAGAAAAUCACCGAUCAUGUGUCCUUUCGAAAAGUCCAUUUCGCCGAUGGAUCCGAGGAUGUAGGUGGCUUGGAUGGCUUGGGAGUCGCGGCAGAUGAAGAUGAGGACGAUGAUGAUACCGACGACAGCGACGAGGGUGGCACAUUGUCCGACUUCAUUGUCAACGAUAGUGACGAUGAUUCAACGCCUCCUCGAAAAGCGAAGGCGAAAAGCAAGGGCAAAGGCAAAGGCAACCCCAAGAAGUCUCUUGCUCAGCUCAAGAAAGAGGCUUCGAAGAACCAGGCCUCCAAGCGCAAGUACAUGCGCCGUCUGGAGAAAACAUGGAUCACCAGCGCAAAGAUUGAAAAGACCAUGGAGAUCAUACGGGACGUGGAACACCAGGCUAACGAUGAAAAGAUCAUCAUCUUCAGCCAGUUCACUUCUCUUCUGGAUUUGCUCGAGGUACCAAUCGCGCGCGAAGGCCACCGGUACCGUCGGUAUGAUGGAAGCAUGAAACCCUCAGAUCGGAAUUCAGCCGUGCUAGCCUUUACUGAUGACCCAACCUGCAAAAUUAUGCUCGUCUCAUUGAAGGCAGGUAAUGCUGGAUUGAACCUUGUCGCCGCAAACCACGUGGUCAUUUUUGAUCCGUUUUGGAACCCGUACGUUGAAGAGCAGGCAAUCGACCGUGCCCACCGUAUCGGGCAGAUGCGCGAAGUACAAGUUCAUCGAAUUCUUGUGCCAGAAACUGUCGAAGAUCGCAUUGUCGAGCUUCAAGAUAAGAAGCGGGCCAUCAUUGACGGCGCAUUGGAUGAGAAAGAAUCGAAGAAUAUCGCCAGGUUGAGCGUUCGCGAACUCGGCUACCUCUUUGGAAUCGCCCAAUAG